AUGCGUGAAGAGAACCGUACUCCAAUACAAGAAUGGAGUAAUGGAGAGUUCAAAGUUAGUGAUGUGAUUGCACAAGGAGAACUUUUCUGUCGCUACUACAUUUCCUUUGCUGACGAUCCGGUGAACACUGUGAGAGGAUUCGAGGUGGAUCUCAAAAUCAUAGAUGUUCAAGUUAUUGAUGUGCUCACUGGCGAGGAAUAUCCGGUUAUCAUACGAGGUCAUAACUUUGUUUCCUACUACACAGGAGACGACAUCAAAGGAACGAGAUAUGUCACAGUCAGAGUAAAACACACAGGAUGUAUCCCUCACCCAAAAACUUGUUAUGCGGAAACCUACAUUGCUACUUCCUUCGGACGCUACAACCAGGAUAAUCGUUUUCCGACGUUUGCCACAAACCUCGCAACAGCCUCAUACGAAAAACACUGUUCCUGGAUGAGACGCCUAUUCAACUUCUGGCCGCUAUCCCACUUCUUCUGA